AUGUCUUCACGCAAAGCAAUUCUCUCACUCUCUGGAGUGAGGGCAGCUAUUCCUAAACGCAGCACCUCCAUCGUCCCUCGACAAGUUCAAAGAUAUCAAUCCUCUUCUACUUCAGCUCUAGAAUACAAGGCGCUUCACCGUCGCAUUUCACCCCUUCCUACAUCCGAUGCGCCUCCAGCCUGGUCUGCCCAAGCAGCCGUCUCCAACAUUCUCUACGAAACCCCCGCUCCAUCUGCCACCCCCCCAAAACGACAUGUCCUUAAUUGUCUCGUACAAAACGAACCUGGUGUUCUCUCCCGCGUCUCCGGUAUUCUCGCAGCUCGUGGCUUCAACAUUGAUUCUUUAGUCGUUUGCUCGACCGAGGUUGAAGAUUUGUCGCGCAUGACAAUCGUUCUGUCCGGUCAAGACGGCGUUGUUGAGCAAGCUCGUCGUCAAUUGGAAGAUUUGGUCCCAGUCUGGGCUGUGCUAGAUUAUACUACUUCACCCCUCGUACAACGAGAAUUACUCCUUGCGAAAAUCAAUCUUCUCGGUCCAGAAUACUUUGAGGAAUUGUUGGCGCAUCACAGAGAAAUUACUGCCAGUGAUCCUGAAGCUUUGGAGGGACAAGAUGACUGGGCUACAAAGCGAUUGGCAGAAUUAAAGGAUAGUGAUGAUUUCCAUCCUACUAAAUUGGCCCAGAGUCAAGCUUUGAGACAUAAACAUGAGCAUUUGAAGUCGAUUACAUAUCUCACACAUCAAUUUGGAGGCAAGGUCUUAGAUAUCAGCACACACAACUGUAUUGUUGAAGUCUCCGCCAAGCCAACCAGAAUCGAUUCAUUCAUGAAGCUAAUCGCACCAUUCGGAAUCCUCGAGUCUGCACGAACAGGUCUUAUGGCUCUUCCUAGAUCUCCACUGUACGGUCCCAACGAACAGGAUAAUUUAGUAAAGGACGCGGAGGAAAUCGUUGAUGCAAGCACUCUACCCCCUGGAUAG